AUGGAGAACGGCGCAGCUACCCAGAGCGGCGAGGGAAAGGACCCCUCCAGCUUUUUGGGCGAGAUCAUUGGCAACCCGGUAACGGUUAAGCUGAACUCGGGCGUCGUCUAUAAGGGUGAGCUCCAGUCAGUGGAUGGGUACAUGAAUAUCGCGCUGGAGAAGACGGAAGAAUACGUCAACGGCACAAAGCGGCGGACUUAUGGCGAUACUUUCGUGAGAGGAAACAAUGUCAUGUACAUCUCGGCAGAUUGA